AUGAAAAGUUUCAUCAUACUUAUGGUAUUUGUUUUGGCUAUCAGGUAAAUUUUCAGUAUUUCACUGCUAAACAAUAAAUCAAAUUCAGCCAAAUUUCAUGUGAUGGUGGUCAGAGAGUCUCAGGAAACCCAACUCGAACUAUUACUGAAUCUGGACCCGAAAUACCGUUCGAUGAGAAAACUCAUAGCACUGCGGGGUAAAAAUUGAAAAUGUUUGUAUUAUUUGUAGUUAAAAAUUUUCAGAUGUCCUCCAUCGAAAUUGGGAUCCUGCCACCUGCCACCAACCACAACUACACCAAAAAGUUACUAA